CAGUGCCCAUAUGGGAUGAUGGCACUGCAGGCAGCUGAUUAGCAUGCAUUGCUCUGUGUGGCCCAUGCUGAAAACAUACUUAGAGAACUGUUAUUAACAGUAAAUUUGUAAUAAACUUUCUGAGGUUUUUCAUGAACUUUUUGAAGUUCAUACAUAUGUUUACUUACUGUCUCUUGUAUGCCUCUGUGUGAUCAACUUUCACUCUGCUUAGAAGAUACUGGUUGCUUUAUUAUUUUGAAGGAAAAAAAAGUAUCAUAUAAGUAUACUUGGAAUAAAAAGGUAUCAACAAAACUAUUCUCAAGUGCAAUUUAUAUAUUGUAAGCUCUUUUUCUUUUUCAUAGACCAUGAUAUUGAAACCUAGUUCAAAGCAAAUAUGGAGGAAAUCUGUUCACCAUUAAUGCCAUAGUUUCCUUUACCAAAUAUUAAAAAAAAUGCCUUGCCUCACCACUUGGUACCAGAUUUGUACUGAGGAUUGGACACUGAGCAACAGCAAGGACACUGCUCAAGGCCAGCACACAGCCUGGCAGGGGGUGCAGUGAAGAUACAGACAACAGACAAUUAACCAGACACAGCCCAUAGGGUGGCACUUUAUUUCCGCAUUCUUCUCCCUCUCUCCAUUGCCUUAAGGUCAUACCUGUGACCUUGUUACUCAUCAUUUUGACUUGGGUUAAACUUCAAGGCACUAUUCCCCUCUACAAAGAAGUAUUUAAGGGCUUUAUUCUAGUACAAGAGUGACAAGAUGGUGAGACUACUGGGAAGAUCCAGUUUCUCACAGUUAAAAGGGAAUUAAACGGGCUUCACUUAUGAAAUUGUGAAGGCAAGAAUCCAUUCAGUCACUUGGCAAGCAUAAAUUGAGUGCUGCAUCAGUAAGGAUUCUGUUAUGUUCUAGGAUUUAAAACUCCUACAUGCAUGUCUCGCAUAUCUCAUAGCCUAGGUGAAGAGUCAAAGAACAAAUCUUACCAAUAAUAUGAUAGUAAAAGCUUAUAUAAAGUCCAAGAAGUGUACCACCGAAACAGUAUAUAAAGUCUGUCUUGCCUAGAGGGAAGACUUACACAAAGUAGAUGCAAAUUGAGUCCUGAAAGUGAGUGGGAGUGGGGGAAGGUGUUUAGCCUAGCAGUUGAGCACUGAUUGAGACACCCAUGAAUCAGGCUUUGGGUUCCAACAUCUGGCUCUGCUCCUGCCUCCAGCUUCCCACUGCUGCAGACUCUGCUUGGCAACAGUGACGCCUCCAGGAACUGGGUUCCCGCUGCUCUCAUGAGAAACCUGCAUUUAUUUGGGGGCGGGGGGGGGAUGGGGAGAAGAGGCAGUUGAAUUUGGUUUCAGCUAAGAGCCUUUGCAAGCUUUGUCAUGGUAAACUGAUAAGAGAAUUUUCUUUUUCUUCCUCUGAAAAGAAAUAAUUUUAAAAAUUAUAAUAAAUGAAGGUAACUGAAAGUUCCUCAUGCUUUCAUUACUUAUCAAUGGCGACCAUGUAGCUUGUAUGUGCCAGCCUACUCAGUGAGGUCCCUGCCCUCUCUUCAGAGGGGAAACAGACUUGCAGAUAGACAAAGAAAUAUUAGAGGUUGGUACAUGUUAUGCCAGAAAGGAAUGUGGGUUAAGGAAAAAUGGUUGCUGUUUUAAACAAAAUGCUCAAGGAACGCCCUCCUUGAUUAGAGAAUAUUUGAGUGUAAUCCUGAAUGAUAAAGAAUAAUGAGAUGAAGAAGCAGAGAGAAGCCAUCCCAGACAGAAUGCGUAAAAAUUUGCCAUCUCCAGGACAUGAAGCAAGAUGGGCUGAGGGUGGAUGAAGCUGAAGAGAAGGAAGAAGCCAAAAGGUAAAAAGCGGCAGGUCCCAUGCCCAGGCAUUUGAAUGCCCGCAUUGCUGGUUGAGAGACCAGAGUUUACAUUUUGAAGAUAUUUUUAAGAUAAAACUAGUGUGCUGAGAUUUUUCUUUGCUUGCAUUGUGUUUAGCUUUUUGGAAGUUUUACCUUCAGCAGCAUCAUGCAAGAUGAACUUAAAGGAGUAGUACAGUCAGUUAUGAGGUUGCUGGGAUACAGGGCAUCCGAGAAGUUACAGGGCCUAAAUCAAAACAGUGAAUGAGGUUAGGGAGGAGACGGUAGGAUUUGUACGUCUUAGGAGGCCCAGUGUGUAAGAUCCCAUCCAAUGCCCUCUGUAGGAUGGGGGCAGUCGAAAACAGCCCUACAGUUUAAGCCUGGGUGACUAGGUGGACCAUGAUACUGUAGGCUCCCAGAGGAGAGGCAGGUUUAGAAAGAAGCACAGAAAAUAAUUCUAGUUCAUGGCUAUGGAAAAUACAGAGAAGGAAAUUAAAAGUCAGAGCUGAUAUGCCAGCUGCAUUAGCUAACAAGAAAGAGUAAGGUGAGGGGUGAACAUUAUCACGUAUUGCGUUGAAGUUCCUUAAGUUGAAGAUCUUUAAAAGGACACUGGAUUUGCCCAUCAGAAGGUUUACCAGUGAGUUCAAGCAUGGGUUCAGUAGAUUUGGCUGGAGCCAGAGCCAUCUGGUAGCUGAGCUAAAGGAUGAAAGGCUAAAACGGUGGGAUUGCCCAGCGAAGGCCAGGUGUUCCUCCCCCAUUAUAAGCUUUGAACCCAAGGUCAGUCUAGUCCUCUCUUCCCCCUCCCUUCUUCCCUGUCCUUGCUCAGAGCGUGUGACUGGAAGCUGAGUUGGAGCCAUGAAAGGGGCGUUUGGACAAAAUAAGAUCCAAGAGUCCCAAGUGGGAGAGUUGCUGUGGGUGGUGGGGUCUCAUGGCUCUUGGUGAGUCAGCCGCCGCUGAUAGGGACAGCAGUUGAGGCUGGACUGGCACCCUGCCUCCAGAGGAACAGCUGACACUCAUAGUUGUCUGUUGGGUGAGGAAUGUCUGGACCAGAAAGCUGUGGCAGGACAGGUGGCCGACGACUGAUGGGGAAUAGAGCGAGGUCAGAAGCUGCCUGCAGAAGCAGUGGAAGAUCGCAGGUUGGUAAGUUGGUAUUUACUAGAAAGGCAGACAUGCCUAGGUUUCUCUGGACACAGAGAAUAAACCUGUAUGGAGACUGCUGGCCGAACUGAGGAGCAGCCCCAGCAUUCAGUGGCAUACAGGUGUGUAGUGUCUGUGAAGGCAGAGUGUAUGGCUCGGGGGGGCCAUGAGUUCCCCAAGGACUGCGAGUGAACACCCAAAUGAAAACCAGAGUUCUAUUCAGGCAGAGGAUGGGGGAAAUGACCAAGGGACUCCUGAUAACUUAGAAGUGCAGUGCCCAAGAGGCAGGCUUUGUUGCGGCUGGGUUUUGCCAGGGCUGCCCACCUCCACCCAAGCACACCUAUGCCCUGUUCUUUGGCCGGCAACGCUGUCUCCGCCCGCUGGGGGGCGGGGCUGGAGGGCGAGACUGGUGGCUCGAGAGCCAUCAGUUCCUACCAGACUCCGCUGGAGUGCCAUCCUGCCCAUGGCUGGACACAGGCCCUCAAACUUGUGCCCCCUCCUGGGCAUUAGCGGGGACAGCCCCGGAGGGCCAGUGCCUGUGCGACUUGACACUCCGACCUGGGUGGGCACCCAGUCGUGCCCUGGCAGCCUGGUGAUCUGGCCAGAGGUCGUGCCGACAAUUGGGCCAGGAAUCUGCCCAGGCCCUAAGGUUUGGGGAGUGCCGCUGGGCCACCCAUCCUACGAAUUAUGGGGCCAGGUGGCUCACUCCAGGCUUGGAGCUGGUGAGGCAGGGACCCACUUUUGGAGCUCCCCAGAGGGCACCUGCGCGGGACCCUACUUCGCCCUGCGGGUCAUCCCUAACUUGGCGCUGCCAGAGGACAUCUCAGCCAUUGAGAAAGAGGUGAAGCAGCUGGCCAACGAGCUGAGGGAGAAGAGACUGACCCUGGGCUAUUCGCAGGCCGACGUGGGGUUGGCCGUGGGAGCGCUGUGUGGGAAGGUGCUCAGCCAGACCACCAUCUGCCGCUUCGAGGCUCAGCAGCUGAGCCUCGCCAACAUGUGGAAGCUGCAACCACUGCUGAAAAUGUGGCUGCAGGAGGUGGAUGAGAAGAACCUUCUCGGCUUAUGCAAAAUGGAGAUGAUCCUGCAGCAGAGCCGGAAGCGGAGAUGUGUCAGCAGGGAGAAACGGAUCAGAAACCACCUGGAGAGAUUCUUCCUGCAGUGCCCCAAGCCCACGGCCCAGCAGAUCAGCCGCCUCGCAGGCCACCUUCGGCUGCAGCAGGACGUGGUCCGGGUGUGGUUCCUUAAUCGGAGCAGGAUGAGCAGUGGGCCCAGCAGCGAGGCCUUGGCUCAGGAGGCUGUGGUGGCCGCCAGGCCUCCUUUCCCAGUCCCUCCCGUGGGCUUCCCGCUGUGCCCUGGGCUCCAUUUUGAGCUCCCUCUCUCUGGGGGGUGCUGUUUGACACCUCUCUACUCCCCUGGCCCUGUGCCCACGGGGAUGGCUCUCCUGCCGGCCCCCAUCGCCACCGUGGGCCUUCCCAGACUUUCCAACUAAGGAGCUGCCUCUCCAGGAAGGUCAGGGACACCGCACUGGGCAGCUGACUCUCGUUUCAGCAUUAAGUUCACGAGUACAAGUUAGGAGAGCUUGGUGGGGAUGAGGAUGGGAGUUUAAGAACAGGGAGGAGGGAAGUUGGAGCUGUUGCUUUGUGCUUCUCCCUAGCAUUGCUUGUAAAGUAUAGUCACCGUGUAUAGCUAAAUGGUUCUACUAUUUUGUUUCUCUUUGUUGUUGUUAAUUGAAGAUUCAUUAUGUCUAUUAUUCUUUGUGGUUAGCAGUGAACAAUAGGGUGUUUUUUUUUCUUUAUGAACAAAAUAUAAAAUGAAAAACUCAA